AUGGCGGAGCCUACUGCCAAUCCUCCGCUUCAAAGCGAGCUCUGCUUCGAGCCUGACACCGAAUUAGCGGAGCGCGACGAACAACCCUUUAGCGUAGAUCUCAUCCGGCAGAGCAAAGUCACAACGACGGCAACACAGGUCCAAUAUGGAAAGUUCGGCGGAAAGACCGCGUGUCUUGUCGUUGUUCAGUGCAACUUCAUUCCGACCUACCAAGUCCGCUUUAAAUAUGUAGAGAUCAAGCUCAAACUCGUCAAAGCUGAUGGCUCCUCGAUUAUCGCUUACCAGCCUCAUGAGUGGGAGGGUAAAGAGGGUGCCUUGCCUGUCGAACAAACAUCGAAAGUCGGUGGUAAAUUGGGCGGUUCUGGCGGUGGUGUAGAAGGAGGUUUAGAAAGUGGCUACGAAAGGCAUACAGAGCGGACCGAGAUCAAGAAAGCACGAAUCUUUUCGGUGCUUGAGGCUUCGACCGUAACGUGGACCCUCAGCGAAAAUGAUGUGACACGAGAAGGUGUUCCAAGUUCAUUCAAGGCAGCUCUUAUUGUGGAGACAGAAGGGAAGUUCUCGAUUCGGCUCGAGUAUCAUGCGAAGCUCACUAAGUCUGUGGACCCGAGGUCUUGGAGACCGGCGUAUGCAAGAAUCACAAAGCCUUUUGAUUUGAACCAGGACUCUGUUGGCAGUGGGAUUGGUCCUAUCGUAGCCGGUAUAGCAGAGAUGGAGAAGGAUUCCUUCGAUCUCACUAAAUUUGCCCCAACAGGGUGGGACUUGUGA